CGGCGUUGCCAAGAGAGGCGACAACGGCGAUGGCGACCUUGCGUGCGCUGUGCUUGCCGAAAUGGUGCUUGAAGGAGACCAGCGCGCUCAGAUCCUGGAUAAACAAAAUGCAUCUCUAUACCUCUAUAGGACUACUUAUCCUUGUGUCUUUAAAUCAUCCAAAUCAGAAGCUUUAGUCCACAAUGAUUUGCUUUGUGCUCCACUUCAAACAUUUACUGAAGAAGAGAUAAUGAUUAAGGAAAUGGUUAAAAAGUUUGCUCAAGAACGAAUUGCACUAUUAGUGCAAAAAAUGGAUACAGAUGCAAAAAUAGAUGAUUCCAUACUACAAAGUCUGUUUGAACAAGGGUUGAUGAGCAUCGAACUUGACUCAAAAUAUGGAGGAACUGGAUCUUCUUUUUUCCCCACCAUUUUGGUGGUUGAGGAGCUUGCUGAAGUUGAUCCAUCGGUGGCACUUGUAUGUGAACUCCAGAAUACAUUAACUAACUAAUUGUUUACAACAUAUGGCACAGAAGAACAAAAGAGUAGUUAUUUCCCCAGACUGGCAAAAAACCUGUUGGGCAGCUUCUGCCUUUCAGAAGCUGGAGCUGGCAGUGAUGCGUUUUCCUUGAAAACUCAAGCUGAAAAGAAAGGCGACUAUUAUAUCAUCAAUGGAUCAAAGAUGUGGAUUAGCUUUGCUGAACAUGCAGGAGUCUUUUUGGUGAUGGCUAAUGCAAAUCCUUCUGCAGGCUAUAAAGGAAUUACAUGUUUUAUUGUUGACCGAGACACAGAGAGCUUACAUAUAGGAAAGAAGGAGGAUAAACUAGGAAUCAGAGCAACCUCUACAUGCCCUGUAACAUUUGAAAAUGUGAAGGUGCCUGAGACCAAGAUUCUGGGACAGGUUGGACAAGGGUAUAAGUACGCCAUUGGUAUGCUCAAUACAGGCAGAAUAGGCAUAGCUGCACAGGUUGCAACUGUAACAACAAGUAAAUGUAUUGAAUGGAUGGGAGGAGUAGGCUUCACAAAAGAUUAUCCUAUGGAAAAGUAUUACAGGGAUUGCAAAAUUGGAACCAUAUACAAAGGGACUUCAAUUAUCUAGUUGAACACCAUUGCAAAAUGUAUUGCUCAAGAAUACUGAAAUCCAAAAGAUGCACUGAUUAUUUCACAGAAAUGUAGAAGCAGCUCAUCUAACUGGUGGAAUCCUUGAUUAUGACUAUAUUGCUGAAUUCUAGAUCAAAAAAGCUAAAUUAUGGUUAUAUGUUGCAUGUACAACUCCCUGCACAAGAUCAAUGUAUAAGUUACAAGACUGCUAUGUACCACAGGAAGUUUAAAUGUUACAACUAUAAGGGUUCCACCUUUUUAAAAAUAUGGUGGUUUUCCUGUCUUAAUUGCAAAGUUUGUCAGGUUGCUAAUAUCAUUUGAUUCUGAAUUGGUAAACUAUUUCCUGCAGGUAAUGUCUGUCUAUAUUACCAUAUUAUCUUUUUUCUUCCCUUUUAAAAUCCUUGGCAUCUACUUUAUUUUGGGGAGGGGUUAUUAGAAUAAAUGUACAGGGUUUUUUUAAAAAAAAAGUUGUAAAGGAGUAUGUCUCCCAAAAUGUCUGAAAUUUUAUUCAUAUGACAUUAACAGUCUCAACACAUUAGUAAAAGCAGUGAUAAGGCAGUGGUACUCAGGAAGACUCACUUACAUGUGAGCAUAAACAGUCAGCAGAGGCGUAUGGGGGUGAAAAUGGCUCCGGGGACAACUCCUCUGGGUGCCCUCCUGCCCGGAGGCGGGGCUCCCAGGGGUGGGGCUUGUGGGCAGGGCUGCUCAGCCCCCCCCCCAAUGUAACCAAAAGGCGUGACCCUGGGGACAUGGGUGACCCCAUAUCCUAGGACGGCACACCACUAUCAGUCAUCCAAAUGCUUGAAAAUGGUUACUAAGUUGCACGAGAAUGCCCAACAUUUAAUUGAACGUCCUUUGUUAUUUCUAACCUCUGAUCUUGGAGGAUGAAAUAGAUUUUGUAUUAAAAGCUGCUAAGUUGGAGAGCAUAGGACUGAUUCUGACAUAGUGCCUUUCAAAAGAGAGAAAUCAACAACUGCCCAUAUGUGCAUUCUCUGUUGUGGUCCCUCACCUUAUGGAAUGGUCUUGCCUGAUGAGAUCAGGAAAUCUUCCACUCUUCAGGCUUUCCACAAACUGCAAAACUGAAUUAUUCAGCAGGGCUUUGUUACACAGGUGAUAGGGCUGUAGUGUAACAAAAUGGUUCAAAAGAUGCUUUGGUAAAAGGGUUAGGGACUGUGGAUAAUACUA